CCAGCGAGUUCCGGGAGAGCGGGUUCCCCGGAGACGCAGCAACAACAAGUCGCCGACCUGUUGCCAGUGAGCAAGACAAGUGUAGCACUGAGGAGAGCCUCCCGUCACCUCGACAACGGCUGUAGGAGCUCGACAAGCAUGCCGUGGGACCUGGGCAGCCCUCCCCACGACCGCGACUACCGCUGCCAGGAGCGCUGCCAGAAAUCGUCCUUCGCCUUCUAUCAGGCGGUGCGGGACCUCCUGCCCGUCUGGAUCCUGGAGGAAAUAAGGACCAUGGAGGCGUUUCACUGGGAGGAGGGCGGCCGUAUGAGCGCCUACUCGCCGUCCGAAGCCCUGCUCUACGCGUUGGUGCACGACCACCAGCGCUACGGCCAGUAUCUGCUCAGCCAACACCCGCGGGCAGCGCUGGCCGUGCCCAGCGACAGCUUCUGCUGCUGCCGCUCCUCGGCCCUGCACCUCGCCAUGGCCGUACGCUACAACCGCGUCGCCACCCUGGGACGCCUCCUGAAGUGCCUGCGGGACUGUCCUGGCAUCGACCGCUCGGAUUACAUCAACCGCAGGGGCUGCGUGCAUGUGGAGAACGGCAAAACUCCGCUGCACCUAGCUUGCGAGCUGGCCAGAGCCGAGUGUUUGAUCCUGCUUCUGACGCACGGCUCCUCUCCCUACAUCACCGACUGCGAGGGCAAUACACCGCUGGACACAUUACUCCUGCAGCUGUGUGACAGCCGGCUGGAGCUGCAGGGCAAGCACGCUUGCCUGCACAGUCUCCUGCUUUUCAUGCCCGAACUGAAAUUUAAAAUGAAGUCGGCGCUGAGGAGCAACGCCGGUCUCUGGCAGAGUUUGCUUUCUCCGGACAUCUUUCAGUGGCUCUCGGGCUGCAGUCCGCCGCCACUCUUUGUGAAGGCCAUGCAAACUUUAAUCGCAGCCAUCGCUCCGGAGAAAUUCCCAGAGGGGCUGCACGAAUUGCCUAUAUCCCAUCUCCUUAAACCUUUGGAUAUCAAACUGACCACGGAAGACACUGCCCAAUCAAGCUAUAAAUGAUGUCGCUUUUGUGUUUAAGGAAUUUGAUAAAAGACUGGUUACAAAAAGACUUCUUUCUAAAUGGACGUUUGGCUGCUUUUAUAAUGAUGAACUUUAGUGAAGUGUACUAUGGAAUCAUAAACUUUGCGAAAGAGGUCAUUAAAGCCUAAGUGAUUUGUUUGACUUCCUUGGGUAAUACCUUUCAUUCAAGCUUUUCAAAUAAUAGCCGUUAUGUAAUGCUUUGGGUGUGAACUGUAUCUCUGCAUUCGGGUUUCAAUUCCCGCAGUAAAUAGUUUUGAUUAAGUGUUUAAUAGAUUUCUCCCAAAUUAGAAUCGGGAACGUAUUAACUGCUGUUAUUUGUGUCAUUUAGGUUUUUCUCCCCGAGGCAGUACUUCCCUGUCAAAGAUGACGUGCUUCCACUCAGGUUUUGAGGGUUUCGAGGUGGUGGAACACAGACUCUUGGUAGGGACAGUGGAUUAUUGGUGCGGUACCUGUUUUCACGGUAUCUCUUUGUGCUCCCCAUCCGUGACCUCAAGACUGUCCCAACUGCUCCUUCCCCACUUUGAAUAGUCUUAAAGCAGAGAUACCCGGAAGUUAGUACGAUGAUCAUUUUUUGCAAAACGCUUUGCGCACAUUCUUGAAUCUUUUCCUCCGUCUGCCUGGUGAUUUCUUGCAAUGGCAGAGUUUAGAAAAGAGUAUCUUUCAGGAAUCAGGCGGUAGUAAUGUGGCCUCUGCCAAUGUAACUGAAUUUGACGAGAACGUCCAUAAAUGAUGCCCACUAUCCUUUCAGUGAACUUGGAGAGGUUUGCUUUGACAAAUGUUUUUGGAAUCUUUCCCGGAUCUCAGGGCUUACUGGUCAGUGAGUUUUGUGCAAAGUUCCAGGGUUUGAUCUUCAGACCCCACUUUCUUCAACCGCUAUGGUCACCCAGCCACAGGAAGGAAGUAGAUGCUUUUGGAAAGAGUGUGGAGAAGAGAUUGAUCAAAAUGCUGCCUGGAUUAGAGAGUGUUAGCGAUAAAGAGAGGUUGGACAAACUUGGACUGUUUUCUCCCUGAGCGUUAGGCAGAAGGGAAACAUGACAGAGAUUUAUAAAAUUAUGAGAGGCAAAGACAGGUCACAGUUUUUUCCCAGGGUAGAAACGUCAAAUAUUGGAAGACAUAGCUAUAAGAAUAAAGUUUAAAGGAGAUGCGCAACCUAAGGUUUACACACAGUGAUAGGUACCUAGAAGGUGCUGCCAGAGGAGGUGGUGGAAGUAGACAUAAUUGAGGCAUUUAAGAGGUGCAUGAAUAGGCAGGGAAUUGGGGGAUAUGGGUUAUGUGCCGGCAAAUAGAUUCAGUUUAUUCCUCUCUAUAAGUACUGCUUUAAUGCUGAGUUUCUGCUGCAGUUUGUGUGUGUGUUUCUCAAGACUUCAAAAUCUCUUAUAUUUAGAUUUGGUCUAAUUUGGCGUUUGGCCGGCCUGACAUUCCUAGGCUGAAGAGCCUGUAUUGUCCACUGUUCUAUGAUGAUGAUCACCAAGAAGUGACACGCGAGGUGUGGGAAGCCAUACGUGUUUUCAGGGUCUCACUGUGAAUUUUUAUGAUUGGCGGGCAGCGUGAUGCAAGGCCUUCACAUCAGUGGAUAAUUGCUUUGUACAGAUCAAACACGAGGAAAUCUGCAGAUGCUGGAAAUUCAAACAACAACACACACAAAAUGCUGGUGGAACACAGCAGGCCA